CGCAGAGGAGCAAAGAUGGCGGCGGCCGAGAGCGAGCAGGAUCCGUCCUCUCCGAGCGGGGAGUUCCUGAGCUUCUCCGCCCGCGACACGGCUCAGCGAUGGCUGGCGGCCAGCGACCUGAAACAGGAAGUGUACCGUCACCUGGCCCUGUACGUCCCCAGAAUCCUUUGCCAGGGCACGGGGGGGCGGGACAGCCGGGAGGAGCAGCGGGAGGAGCUGGGCUGUCAGCUGCUCCUAUUGGCUCCUCUGGAGUGGUUCCUGCUGGGGGCGGAGCCAGGGGCGGGGCUAGCACACCUGCAGCAAAACAACCGGCCGUCAGCGCUGUGUGGACACGUGUUCAAGGUGGGCGAGCCCACCUACUCCUGCAGGGAAUGUGCUGCUGACCCGACCUGUGUUCUCUGCAUGACCUGUUUCCUGGGGAGUGUCCACAAGGAGCACCGAUACCGGAUGACGACCUCUGGGGGCGGAGGUUUCUGUGACUGUGGAGACACUGAGGCGUGGAAGAGCAGCCCCUUCUGUCAGACACACCUGCCUGAUGGAGGGGAGGCCCCAGAGGAUCCCGUCUCCCAGCUGUCUCCGGACCUGGUUGCCCGCGGUUACAGCCUCUUCUCCAUCCUGCUGAAGUACGCAGUGGACCUGCUGACGGGGGACCAGCAGGACCAGCAGGACCGGCAGGACCGGCUCCCCGAGGGACUAGAACCCCCGGAGAGAGCAGACACCUACUUCUGCAUGCUGUUCAACGAUGAGGUCCACACCUACGAGCAGGUGAUCUACACGCUGCAGAAAGCUGUCAGCUGCAGCCAGAGGGAGGCUGUCAGCUUUGCCACCACCGUGGACCGAGACGGCAGGAAGUCUGUCCGCUACGGAGAUUUCCAGUUCUGCGAUCAGGCCAAGUCUGUGAUAGUGAGGAACACGGGCCGCCAGUCCAAGCCCCUGCGGGUCCAGGUCAUGCACUCGUCGGUCGUGGCUCAUCAGAGCUUCGCCCUGAAGGCUCUGAGUUGGCUGGGAGGAAUCAUCCAGUACUCGGACGGGCUGAGGAGGAUCCUGUGCCAGGUGGGGCUGCAGAAAGGAGAAGGAGAGAACUCCACGCUGGUGGAUCAUCUGAUGCUCAACGACUCCAAGAUGUGGAAAGGUGCCAGGAACGUCUACCACCAGCUGCUGAUGAACAGCCUCCUCAUGGACCUCAAGUUCAAGAAGAUCUUCGCCAUCCAGUUCGCCAAGAACUACAGACGCCUCCAGACAGACUUCAUGGAGGACGACCAUGAGAGGCUGGUGUCGGUGACGUCCCUGUCGGUGCAGCUGUUCACCGUCCCCACCAUGGCCCGGAUGCUGAUGGUGGACCAGGACCUGAUGGGAACCAUCAUCCGGACCUUCGUGGACCAGCUCCGGCACAGAGACCUGCAGGGCCGGUUCCAGUUCGACCGCUACACGGCCCAGCAGGCCUUCCGGUUCCAGCGGGUCCAGAACCUGAUUGGAGACCUCAAGUACGUCCUCAUGAGCCCCCCCGACCAGUGGACCGACCCGCUCCGGAUCAAGUUCCUUGAGGGUCUGGACGCCUUUCUGGAUCUGCUCAGGUGUAUGCAGGGCAUGGACCCGGUGGUCCGGCAGGUGGGCCAGCACAUCGAGAUGGAGCCGGAGUGGGAAGCAGCUUUUACUCUGCAGAUGAAGCUCAGCCCCGUCAUCUCCAUGAUCCAGGACUGGUGCCGCUCCGACCCGGAGGUGGUGCUGGUCCAGGCCUACAGGAAGGUUCUGAGCAUGCUCAGUCAGAGCAGCGGCGGGCUGCCUGACGGGGAGCAGCCGCUCAGUCUGGUUCUGGCGGGUCACCAGGUUGAGACGUUCCGGUACCAGGUGUCCCAGGAGAGGGUGUCCAUCCACCUGCCGCUGUGCCGCCUGCUGGCAGGUCUCCAUGUUCUCCUCAGCAGGACGGAGGUGGCCACACGUUUCCCGGAGCAGCUUCCUCUGGGAGAGCUCGCCCCCCCCCUGCUGAUGGAGCUCCCCCUCCGCUGCCUGGUGCUCUGUGCCCAGGUGCAUGCUGGGAUGUGGAGGAGGAACGGCUUCUCUCUGAUCAACCAGAUCUACUACUACCACAACGUCAAGUGUCGGGUGGAAAUGUUUGACAAGGACAUCGUCAUGCUGCAGGCCGGGGCCUCCAUGAUGGACCCGAACCACUUCCUGAUGAUUGUUCUGAGUCGGUUCGAGCUUUUCCACGUGUUCAGCUCUGCAGACGCCAGGAAGAGGUACCGGGACAACAAGGACCUGGUCCAGCAGAACACGCUGAUCGAGGAGAUGCUGCACCUCAUUAUCAUGGUCAUCGGUGAGCGCUACGUGGCGGGCAUCGGCCAGGUGCAGCCCCUGGAUGAGGUCAGGAGGGAAAUCAUCCACCAGCUGUCAAUCAGGCCGAUGGCUCACAGUGAGCUGCUGAAGGCCCUACCUGAGAACGGGAACAAGGAGACGGGUCUGGAGAGAGUCAUCGACAGCGUGGCCUCAUUCAAGAAGCCGGGCGUGACGGGCCGAGGUUUGUACGAGCUCCGGCCCGAGUGGAACAAACACUUCAACCUUUACUUCCACCACUACAGCCGAGCCGACCAGUCCAAGGCUGAAGAAGCCCAGAGGAAGUCGAGGAGGCAGAACGGGGAGGACACAGCCCUGCCCCCGCCGCCCCCCCCGCCCCUGUGUCACCUGCUGGGCAGCCUGGUGAACCUGCUGCAGUGUGACGUCCUGCUGGCCCUGGAGGGCGCCGUGCUGCAGUGGUCGGUGGAGCCGGGAGGAGGGAGCUGGACCGAGUCCAUGCUGCAGAGGGUGCUGCACCUGGUUGCCAUGGCGCUGCUGGAGGAGCAGCAGCAGCUGGAGAACAGGUGUGGAGAGGAAGACGUCACCUUCAGCUACACCUGCAAGAUAACACGUCCAGGUGAAGCCCCCAGCUCCUCAGGAAGUAUCCUGGCGCUGCUGGAGAGUCUGCAGAACGCUCCUCACCUGGAGGUGCACAAGGACAUGAUCACCUGGAUCCUCAAGACGGUGGGAACCAUCAAGACCAUCAGAGAGAGAACGUCCACCAGCUCCACCUUCACCGUCAGCCAGGGAGCCGGGCCGGAGGAGACGGGCCGGGACAGGGACAAGGCGGAGAGGAAGAGGAAGGCGGAGAUGGCUCGGCUCCGGAGGGAGAAGAUCAUGGCUCAGAUGUCGGAGAUGCAGAAACAUUUCAUCAACGAGAACAAGGAUCUGUUCCAGCAGAGUCUGGAGGAGAUGGAGGCGUCCACCUCUGCUGCAGAGUACAGCUCUCCCAGCUCCGCCCUCACCUGUGCGUCCAAGGUGUGCGUGGGUCCGAGGCGGGUGGGCGGGGCCGACCUGCGGCAGCUCGUCACCUGUAUCCUGUGCCAGGAGGAGCAGGAGGUGCGAGGGGCCGGCAAGGCCAUGGUCCUGGCCGCCUUCGUCCAGCGCUCCACGGUCCUGUCCAGGAACCACACCUGCACGCCGGAGCCAGCAGGAAGGGACCCGGUGUUCAUGCACCCCGACCUGCCGGUGGGCGUUCACACCGCCAGCUGUGGACACAUCAUGCACGCCACCUGCUGGCAGAGGUACUUUGAGGCGGUGCAGGUGAAGGAGCAGCGGCGGCAGCAGCGUCUCCGUGGCAACACCAGCUACGACGUGGAGAACGGAGAGUUCCUGUGUCCCCUGUGUGAAUGUCUGAGCAACACGGUGAUCCCCCUGCUGCCGCACCUGGCCACACCUGGACACAGUCCUGACCCUCCCAGCCUGGAGGCGUGGCUACAGACGACCAGUCAGCUGAUCGCAGCGCUGCACACCUGCAGGAAAACACCUGAAGGUGAGCUGGAGGGGGCGGAGCCUGUUCCUGAAGGGUUCCGGCUGGACUUCAGUCCCCACAGGCCGUUCUCCAGCAGCAUCAGUGAGAUGAUCACCACCUUCAGUCUGGCCGUGUUUAAGGUUGGACUGAAGGUGGAGCCGGACGAGCAGGACGGGAGAGUCCCGGUGGUCGGGUGGAGCACCUGCGCCUUCAGCAUCCAGAGUAUAGAGCGUCUCCUGCUGGACGAGGACAAGCCGCUGUUUGGGAGUUUACCUUGUCGACAGGACGACUGCCUCUCCUCUCUGGUCCGGUUCGGUUCUGCCUGCUGGACUUCAGUCCCUCAGAACACCGUUUACACUCACUUCAGCAGGUUACUGGCAGUUCUGGUCCCGGACCGGCGGGUGGAAAACUCUCCCUGUAUCCUGAACCUGGACAUGUUCCACCUGCUGGUGUACAGUGUGUUGUCCUACAGCUCCCUCCACAGUCUGGACCAAUCAGGACGCAGCUCGGUGGACGUGGGACACCUGCACCUGCUGCACCUGGUGACGGUAGCUCACCUGGUGCAGGUGCUGCUGACCUGCAGCACAGGGGAGGUGUGCAUGGACCAGGACGGCGGGGGAUCAGAGGAGGAGCAGCUCACACUCCAGCUCUACUGUUUCCUGAGGAAACACCUGAGCAGCCUCCCGGACGUUUCCCCCUGGCAGCUCUGGAGUCGAGUCAAAGCUGGAAUCCUGCCGUUCCUCCGAGCUGCUGCUCUGUUCUUCCACUACCUGAACUCUGCAGCGCCCCCUGCUGACCUGGUUGCAGGCCCCGGCCAGUGGGAGUCUCUGUGCAGCUUCCUGUCUCUGCCCCCCAACCUGCUGCUGCUGUACCAGACCCACCAGGACCUGCUGGACCCGCUGGUCCUCUCCUGGAUCCAGCACCCUGGGGUGCCCCCUCUGCUGCGGGGGGGGAUCCAGCACCCUGGGGUGGCCCCUCUGCUGCCGGGGGGGAGGGUGACCCGGUUCCCCCGGGAGUCCAACCGGCUCAUCGAGCUUCCAGAGGACUACAGUGUCCUGAUCAACCAGGCGUCCAGCUUCACGUGUCCCCGGUCCGGUGGAGAUAAGUCCCGGGCUCCAACGCUGUGUCUGGUGUGCGGGGCGAUGCUCUGCUCCCAGAGCUACUGCUGCCAGACGGAGGUGGACGGAGAAGACGUGGGAGCCUGCACCGCCCACACCUUUACCUGCGGGGCCGGGGUGGGGCUGUUCCUCAGGGUGAGGGAGAGUCAGGUGUUGUUCGUGGCAGGUAAAACCAAGGGCUGCUUCUACCCUCCCCCGUACCUGGACGACUACGGGGAGACGGACCAGGGACUCAAGCGGGGGAACCCCCUCCAUCUCUGUCCCGACCGCUACAGGAAGAUGGAGCGUCUGUGGCGGCAGCACGGCAUCCCCGAGGUCAUAGGUCACGCCCAGGAGGCCAAUCAGACGCUGGUGGCCAUCGACUGGCAGCACCUCUGACCUCUGGCCCCGCCCACUUCCUCACACGGCCUCUGGCCCCGCCCACUUCCUCACACGGACUCUGAUUGGCUCGCAGCCUCUGGCCCCGCCCACUCCCUCACACAGCCUCUGGCCCCGCCCACUUCCUCACACGGACUCUGAUUGGCUCGCAGCCUCUGGCCCCGCCCACUCCCUCACACGGCCUCUGGCCCCGCCCACUCCCUCACACAGCCUCUGAUUGGCUCUGGCUUCGCCCACCUCUUUAAAGCUGCUCGCUGAGCUCGGAUCAGCUUUCAGGGAUUUUCUUCAGGCCGUUUAUCUCCGACCCGCCACCUCUCAGCCAAUCAGAGAUCCACAGAUUCACGACCAGGAAGUCCUGCUUUUUUUUGUUAGUUUUUUAUUGCUUUGGGCACCACAGAUCGAGGCUCCGCCCACCUCGCUGUCACUCACAGAACUGAAGCAUCAUGGGAGAUGAAAUGGAUGAACUAUUGGUGAAGGAGCUGCAGCAAACUGCGUAUUGAUCAGGACAGUUGUGGUUUUAGUUUACUUCUGUUUUACUGGCGGCGCUGACGGCUUUGCCGUGUCAAACUUCCUGUGUGGGUGUUUUUAAGUUUGAAAUAACCAGAUUUUCUUUCAACAAAUAGAGACCGUGAUUUGCUGGUUUUGGUCCCGUUUUACUUGGUCGUCUCCCCCGCAGGGUCGUGAUGUCUGGACUGCUUCCGCCGCGCCGCCACAUCUUUUCUCUCAUGUGUUAAUAUGUGAAUUCCUGUAAAAACGACUUCUUGUAUAAUAUUGUAACAAGAAAUUCAAUAAAAAUGGACUUUGAAUGACUGUUUAGUUUGGCUCUGAUCGGUUUCUGCUUGCUGAUCAAUAUUUGCUUGGUAGGUGAGGAUUGAUGCUAAUGUAGCUUUUUUUUUAGAUAUA